GACUGUUCAGUCUGCAAUUACAAUCACCCAAAGCUGCCAGCGAACCACCAUUCACGCGCAGCAGCGGUUUGUUACAGCCGCUAAGAAUCACCCAUAAGCACACUACGCAUACGGAGCCGCUCACCACCGAGCACAGGCUGCCCCGGUGCACAUAGCUCAGAACGCAAUGGAGCACGCCGCCCACGUCUGGUACCACGAGCGCGUCGAUGGACUAGAGGCGAAAGGGUGGACGCGCACGUCGGUCUUCAUGCGCCGCCUGGUCAUCGACGCCCAGGCCGUGGUCAUCUACAUGGCGGUCUGCGUGCUCAUCUUCAUGAUCGACCUGUUCACGCAAGGGACGGCGGAACGCCUCGCGAGCCCGCCAUACCGGUACUUCUACGCCAAGAGCCCGCGGUCCUGGCUCAACCUGGUCGCGCACGUCGUCGCGCACAAGGACUGGGCGCACCUCAAGACGAACAUGAUCAACCUGCUGCUCGUGGGGCCGGCGGCGGAACGGGAAUUCGGCACGCAGCAGGUUGCCAUCGUCGGCGUCGUCGUGGCCGUGGCGUCGGCGCUGGCGCACAUGGCCUUUGGGCACUCGCACUCGGGCCAACUGGGGGGCAGCGGCGUCGUCUCGGCGCUGAUCCUGCUCAAUUCGCUGGGCGCGGCGUCCUCGGGCCGCGUGCCGCUGACAUUUCUGCUGACGGCGGUCUUCUGGCUCUCGGACGAAAUCCAGUCCAUCCUGACCCGCGACGGCGUGAGCCACGCCGCGCACCUCGCCGGCGCCUUGGUCGGCACCGCGGCCGGCUACGCCAUCCACGCGGGCCGGGGCCGCGCGAAACGCGACCCGAACCGCCGCGUGAGCGACCCCUUCGGCCGGACGCGGUCGGCGAAGAAGCUGCGCUGAGCCCUCCACGCCGUCGAGCAGACGCGUCACGCGACCCCGGGGACACGAAUU